GAAAAGUUUAUAAUUAAAAAUAUUGGUGUGGUAAUUUAGAAUUAAAAAACAAAUUAUUUGAUUUUAUUUUAGCCCUAUUAUAUAACCCAGUCAUACAUGACUAAAUGAAUUCAACAGAUCCACCAACCAGAUAUACGGAAGUUAGUCCUUUUGAAAUGGAGCACGGACGCAGAGGAAGAAUCGAACCGAUCAAAAAAUCACGAGUAUAUUUAGCCACAAUAUGCGCGAAUUUAUCAAGUUUUGCUAUUGGAACAUGUUUAGGAUGGACUUCACCAAUUUUACCAAAAUUGAUCAAUAACACUGAAGACAGUCCGUUGGAUUUCAAAAUUAAUUCCGAACAAGAAGCAUGGAUCUCAUCUUUAAUUGCACUUGGAGCUUUAGUUACUCCUUUCGUUGCGGGACCACUUGCCGGCAUGAUCGGUCGCAAAUGGACAAUGCUGUCAAGUUCUCUUUUCUUCCUCAUUGCUUACAUCCUCUUACUUCUUGCUCAUGAUGUUUGGUUAAUUUAUAUUGCCCGUUUAAUUCAGGGUUUUGGAGUAGGUUUUAUCAUGACUGUUCAACCAAUGUAUGUGGGUGAAAUUGCUACGGACGAUUGUCGAGGAGCAUUGGGAUCCUUUAUGCAAUUGUUUAUUGUUUCUGGAAUUCUAUAUGCCUACGCUGUUGGUCCCUAUGUGUCCUAUGUUGCCUUACAAUGGGCCUGUCUUGUCAUCCCAAUCAUUUUUGCUGUAUUAUUCUUCUUCUUCCCAGAGAGUCCUUACUACUUCAUUGAAAAGGGUCGUAAACUUGAUGCCAUUAAAUCACUACAAUUCCUCCGUGGUCAAAGCACUGAGGGAGUUCAAGACGAGAUGACAGCAAUUCAAGCAUCAGUCGAAGAAAGUAUGGCCAAUAAGGGAUCAUUUGUUGAUGUAUUCCGCGGUGCAGGAAACAGAAAAGCUCUCUUAAUCAGCGUUGGAUUGAUUAGCUUCCAGCAGUUGUCAGGUAUCAACGUUGUGCUCUUCAACAGUGAAACAAUCUUUAAGAAAGCUAAUACCGGAAUUGACCCUGCCAUCGCUACAAUCAUUAUUGGAGCUGUCCAGGUUGUUUCAAGUGGUGUUACACCUCUAAUUGUAGAGCGUUUGGGCAAAAAAGCCAUCUUGUUGAUGUCUUCAAGUGUCAUGUGCAUUGGAUUGGCAGCACUUGGAACAUUCUUCUACAUUCAAGAUACCGGUGAUGCAUCUGGAAUUCUUUGGCUACCAGUUCCAGCUUUGAUUCUUUUCGUUAUUGUUUAUUGUCUUGGAUUUGGACCUCUGCCAUGGGCUGUUAUGGGUGAAAUGUUCCCUGGAAACAUUAAGCCGAUUGCUUCAUCAAUUGUUGCAUCAACAUGUUGGAUCUUUGGAUUUGUCAUUACAAGAUGGUAUCCAGCUCUAGAUGCUUUAGGAGCCUACUAUGCUUUCUACUUGUUUACUAUUUUCUGUGGAAUAGGAUUCUUCUUUGUGUUGUUCAUUGUGAUGGAAACAAAGGGAAUGAGUUUGCAAGAAAUUCAAAAUAGACUCAAUAACCGAUAAAUUUAGAUAAAAAAAAAUUCUUAGA